UAUACUCGGUAUUGUUCGGGAAUCUACGGGGAUGUUCGAGAAUGAUCUCCAGAACACUUUGACCUUUCACCUCUAGCCUCGUUUUCAGGUGUAACCGGCGCGUGUUUUCAAAAAAAGAAGAAAGAGAGGCCCGCCAAUAAUUUUUGCAAGGAAUCUGUGAUAUUUUCUGAGGAAUUCUUCGCCAUGGAAUGUUUCAACGGAGGAAUAACUUGAGAGGAUUUCGACGUUUUCUCCUAGGAUUAUUUAGAGGUCAUUGGUGGAGGAGGGAUUCGAUUUGAAAAGGAGGAAACUGAACUAUCUGUUUUUGCCCCCCUCCCCCAUUUUCUGUUGUCUGAUCACAAGAAACCAUGUCUACACUGGUGGAUCCCAGUGGUCUGGGGGACAACAUAGAGGACUACCACGUGCUGAACCUCCUGGGUCGCGGUGGUUUCGCCUGCGUGUAUCGGGCACGCUCCAUCAGCACUGGUCUUGAAGUCGGCAUCAAGAUGAUUGACAAGAAGCUGAUGCAGGCUGCUGGGAUGGUGACACGCGUCAGGAAUGAGGUGGAGAUUCACUGCCAGCUAAAGCACCCGGCAGUUCUUGAGCUGUACACCUGUUUUGAGGACAGUAACUACGUGUACCUGGUACUGGAGAUGUGUCACAACGGAGAGCUGGGCAGUUUCCUCAAGAAACAGGGCAAGGUGCUGACAGAAGAGGAAGCUCGUAACUUCAUGCGGCAGAUCAUCGAGGGCCUGUUGUAUCUCCACUCCCACGGCAUCGUGCACAGAGACAUGACCCUGUCCAACCUACUGCUCACACGCACCAUGGAUGUGAAAAUUGCCGACUUCGGUCUGGCCACGCGGCUGAAGGUUCCCAACGAGAAGCACUUCACGAUGUGCGGCACGCCCAACUUCAUCUCUCCCGAGGUGGUGACCCGCAAGGCUCACGGUCUGGAGACGGACGUGUGGUCCCUGGGGUGUAUGCUGUACACCUUCCUCACAGGCAGCCCUCCGUUUGAUACGGACCAGGUGCGCAGCACACUGAACAAGGUGGUACUGGGAGACUACCACCUGCCUCAGCACCUGUCUGCACCUGGGCGGGACCUCAUCACCGCCCUCCUCAGGAAGAACCCUGCCGACCGACCCAAACUGGCCGACAUCCUCUCCCACCCCUUCAUGACCCCGGCUGACCCCGAUAGGAAGCCCGUCAUUGGUCGGCGUCGGAGGCCCGUUGAGGCGUCUGUCGACAGCGGCAAUGCGACCAUGGAAACGGUCUCCAUGGGAACACACGCUCCCGCCCAGGGAACGUUACGGAACAAACCCAUCCACAUUUUGCCCUCCAAACUCUCACCCCUCACCGACCGACCUGUUUUCAACAACAGGAAAACUUCAGGGUGUGAAGGGCAAAGGUCAUAUCAGGAGGUUCAAAGGUCAUGUCACGAGGUUCAAAGGUCGUCUCACGGGGAGCAACCAUCCCUUCAUGACAAUCCAAGGUCGUUCCAAGCAACCAGUACUUGUGAACCUGUCAGAUCGUUUCACGAAAACCAAAGGUCGUAUCUUGGGCGGGAGAGGUCAGAGUGUGAGAGGUCGCAAGGGUUCAAAGGUUACCAAGGUGGAAGGUCAGAGGGCAAUGACCUCAGCAACCACUACUGCUCGUCACACAUCCAGGAGGGGUCGAAGCACAGGGACUGUUCCCAUGACAGGAAGUGUGGAUGCCAGCAGGAUUCAGGUGGAUGGGCACCCAGGUGUGGGACCUCAGAGAACAGGAGGAGCUGCACCUGUAGCAGCCAUUCCAGGUGCACCUGUGAAGCAGGUGCCAGGGAGCAGGUGUGCACGGCCAGGGACAGGCACCCACCCUCUCCCCCUGUCAGGUUGAAGGCAAGCCCCAGUUUUAGUUUUGACGGUGGAUCAGCGUGCCCCAGUGCCGGCAGUACGUCCCACCCUCCCACUGAAGCCUGGGUAGCUGACAUUGGUGCAGGCCUGAACAGCAGAGGGGCCAGAGGAUCCCGUCGAAGAGACCCGUCCCCUGGCUCUAUACCUCAGAGGGACACGGAUGCAGACAGAUACACAGCAAGAGCUAACAAGCCUGAUGAUAGACCAACAGCAGCAUACAGACAACACGUCACACAAACACACUCAUCUACCGGGGAACACUGCACAGAAAACAGCAGGGGAAGGGCGCCGCUCUCUCCACAUAAAGGCAGCAGGGAGAACGUUCGUCGUGACCCAUCCGACGACAGGAGACCACGACGGCAUCACGACGAAAACUCAAGAAGACAAGCGUGGGACUCCAGAACUGCAACCGAAGACAAGUCAAACUCUUCGGGAAAAAGGAGGGAACUUGGGUCUCACAACGAGCAGGAAUCUGACAAGGAAAACCAAGCAGAUGUGCAGAGGAGAAGAAGAGAUUCUGAAAGGAGUGUGCAAGAUCAUCAUCAUCACCAAACCUACCAGGAGAGAGGGAACAAGAGAGGGGAGGAUGAGGAUCGGGGGCAUGGAAGGAAUGAAGAAAUGAGCCAGCCAAAGGAGGUUAGGAAGGACCAGAUGUCACCGCUGUCUUCGAAGCGUCUGCGACCCAUCCGACAGAAAACCAGAAAUGCUGUGGUGAGUAUCCUGGAGGACGGACAGGUGUGUCUGGAGUUCCUGAAACCUCGGGACGGAGUGGACCACGUGGCAGAGGUGCACAGGAUAUCCGCAUGUGGACAAUCGGUAAUCAUCUACCAGCCCCACCGGGGUAAGGCCCAGCCCCUGUCCGACCGGCCCCCUUCCCCACCCCCUGGGGACGACCACACCUACCUGCUGCACGAGCUCCCCUCCAGGCACAAGAAGAAGUACGAGUACGCCAAGCGGUUUGUCCAGUUGGUGCGCUCCAAAACCCCCAAGGUGACCCUCUACACACGCCAGGCCAAGUGCAUGCUGAUGGAGAACUUCCCUUGUCCUGACUUCGAGGCUUGUUUCUACACCGGUGAGGCUGGAGUUUGUUUGUUUGUUUUAACUCAAGCUCAAAUUGACCUGCAGGCCGCUUUUUAUUGA